CUUUGGUGUGUUGUGCGUUUUAGUUGCCGAUUAACGAAUGAGCAAAAACAAUAAUUCGUACAUUUUGAUUUUAUUUCUUCAAGUACAGUAAGUUACAACUGAAGCACAACAAAGUUAAUAAAGUAAUUAAUAAUUAAUUUAAAAAUAUGGCGCUGCUUCUAAAAAGAAUAUUUGAAAAUUACUUUUGGCUGAUGAAUGACUUAUCAGAUCCUCGGACUGCAGAUUUACCAUUGAUGUCUAGUCCUUUACCAGUAGUGAUAGUUCUUUUUUUAUACUGCAAAUUCGUAUUUGAUUGGGGUCCUAAUUACAUGAAAAACAGACCACCCUUUGAUCUCAAAUAUGUGAUGAUUCUUUAUAACACCGUUCAAGUAUUGGUUAAUUCUUACGUUGUAUACAUUUGUUGGACUGCAUGGAGCGUCGUUGAUACUCAAUGUACACCGGUGGACUAUUCUAACAGUUAUUGGGGUCUAAAAUUCUUAAAAAUCACAUAUUUGUAUUUCUUAUUGAAAAUGGCCGAUCUACUCGACACAGUAUUUUUCGUUUUAAGAAAAAAGAACACCCACAUAAGCUUCUUGCAUACUUACCAUCAUUUUGGAAUGGUAGUAUUAGGUUGGAUAGCAGUUAAAUUUAUUGGAGGUGGACACUGUUACUUCGUUGGUUUGGCCAAUUGUAUCGUUCAUAGCAUAUUGUACGCUUACUAUUUGUUGACAGCAUAUGAUAGCAAAUAUGGACGGCUGGUUUGGUUGAAGAAGUUUAUUACUCAAACUCAGUUGAUUCAGUUUGGAUUCAUACUCUUCAUGUUCACGAGAUUGUUGUUCCUUCAAGAUUGUGGAUUUCCGAAAAUCGUUUCCUUGUUCUUGAUUCCGCAAAAUUUGUUUAUUAUUGCUUUGUUUGGAGACUUCUACAUCCGGUCGUAUGUUUUGCCGCAAAAAAAGAAAGAGAAGAAGGAAAUUUCCCCAGAAGAAAAACAGGAAUAACCUAGACAGCAGAAAAUUAAUCGAAUCCUUUUGAAUGAGUCUUUAUAUUAAUAAGUUAUUUUUCCAAAACUUAACUGUACAACAACUGAAUAUUAAGGUAGUUCUAACAAAAUGUUAUUAAUUACUUUGACAAGACAAAUUAACAUACCAAUAAUUCUUAUAUUUUUACUUAAAAACACUUACAUACUAUAUGUAGUUUAGUUUGUUAUUUAAAAAAAAUUAUCGUUGUAAGUAUUAAUUUAAUAUUUAUUAUUGGUUCUAAUGUUUGAUUCGAUCUGGUUAAUACGAUGUUAAAGUAAAUAUCGAAACAAAAAAAUUUGAACAAAGAGCAAAUAAAUCCCUAAAUAUGUGCGAAACCAUUAAACAUUUUUAAAUACUUUAAAUACGAAAAAUGUUUAUUUUUUAAUUCCCCAUUUAACAAAAUAAAUAUACAAGUUGUUCUAUUAAAAAAAAAAACAAAGAAAAAAUAUUUUAUAUUAUUAGAAAGGUUGGCAUAGAAUUUUGAACACCCCGUAUGAUUUAAGAUGACGAUAUUUAUAAUAAAGUAUUCCAUAGACCACCUACAGUAAGUACAUAGUUUUAAUAUUAGGACACAUCUUUUUUUUUAAAUAUUGAGAACCAUAUUUUUUUCUUCAUUUAUUUAAUUGUAAAGCUUCAUUCAGAACCUCGCAAUUAGAGCAAUAAAUUAGUGGUUUC